GUUCUGGGUGCGGAUUUGUGAGCACAGUCCUUUCCCAUUGGCUUUAUGAGAUAAACCUUCCCCCAUUUCCACUGAGUUAAAAGGGAAAGUGAAAAGGUUGGUUCUAUUUCGUGGAGUAGAUUGCACGCACUGACCAUGGCAUCUGAAAAGCCAAUACUUUAUAGCUAUUUCCGAAGCUCCUGCUCUUGGAGAGUGAGAAUCGCACUUGCUCUGAAAGGGAUUUCGUAUGACCUGGUGCCAGUGAACCUCCUCAAGGAUGGGGGGCAGCAGUUUUCUGCUGAAUUCAAGGCAGUGAAUCCAAUGCAGCAAGUACCAGCCUUGAAAAUUGAUGGCAUCACCCUUUCUCAGUCGCUAGCUAUAAUUCAUUACCUAGAAGACACCCAUCCUACCCCCAGGCUCCUGCCCCAAGACCCAAAGAAGAGAGCUCAAGUCAGAAUGAUUGCUGAUCACAUUGUUUCCGGCAUUCAGCCACUCCAGAACCUGAAUGUCCUGAAACAAAUAGGGGAGAAAAAAACUGAAUGGGCUCAGAACUGCAUUGCGUCUGGCUUUCAAGGCAAGUCCCAUGUCCAAAAAUAUCAACUGGCUCUUCAAAAUGCUGCACUGCUGGGGUCCUACUUUCCUCUACAAGCAGAAAAACAGAUCUCCCUGGGCUGGUGCAGUGACGGCACUCUUCCUGCCCAGAGUUCCUUCCUAAGGAUUGGUUGUUCUUCAAGCUCUCAGAGGAAAGGUGCUGUCCAUAGGGUGCUUCCACUGCUGCAUAUGGAAGAGGGGAAGCCUGGGGUCAUCCUAUGCACCACAGCAGUUGAUUGUCCGUGAAGCACAAGGGCUGACAGCACUUCUUUCCACCCAGCUGCUCCCAAACUAGUACCUUUUGCUUAAAAGUUCUGUCAUGUCAAUCUGUAUUUAUAUGCUUUUGUAAUCAGACAAAAGGUAUCUGAUGGCAAACUCCCACAGAAUCUAGUACGUAGCACAGUAUUUUUUUACCUCCCCAGGAGAAAUAGGGUGCUUUUUGUUUCCUCAAAACCUUUUCCCACAUGUGCUGCAGUGGCAGGCCCAUCUUCUCUUCUGGACAGACCCAAACUGAUCCUGAAAACUCCCAUAUUGUUGUAAGAUUUCUGUUCCUUUUAGGCUCUGCCCCAAAUUGCCCAUUUUUCAUACUCAUCUUAGGAUUAAAAUGCCUUUGUUCAUAAUGCCCAGUGUGAAGGGUCUUUGGUGUCCCUUUCAAAUGAGUUCCUAAUGUCUCACACCAGUGUACCACCUUUCUUGACAGCACUUGAGCAGAUUCUGCAGCACACUGCUGGGCACUACUGUGUGGGGGAUGAAGUUUCAAUGGCUGAUCUGUGCUUGGUACCUCAAGUUUUCAAUGCCGAAAGAUUCAAAGUGGACAUGGGUCCUUAUCCCACAAUAACUAGAAUAAACAAAGCUCUCCUGGAGUUAGAGGCAUUCAAAGUAAGCCACCCAUCCCGGCAGCCAGAUACUCCUGCAGAGCUACGAGCUUGAAGUCCUGUCCUACUCAUUAAAUCAAGUAAGCUGGAGUGUCAAAGAAGAAAACAGCUACAGCUUGAGUAGGACUUCAGUGCCAUCAGGAAGCCCUAGUACUAUUGCCUCACUUUCAUUUGGUUGGGAAGAAGAACAGACCUAGAAGUAGCCUGGAUGACAUACAGGAGCUAUGCCUGUGCUGGAAAGCUUGCAGCUACUUCUGGCUAUGUUUUUUUCUAUCUGAUGUAUCUCCAUGGAGCAGAUUAAACCAGAAGGAUUCAUAAUUA